AUGGCUGUAUGUUGCUUGGCAUCCGGUCGCGCACGCGAUGGGGCACUGUACACUACCAGGUGGCGCCGAGAAGAACUUCUGGAGCCUCCUUCAGACGCAUUCUAUGCAGCAGCCAAGGAUUCAUUACCUCGAGACCUUGCAGCUGCAAAGGGGAUGAAUUAUAUGCGCGCAUGUGCCAUCCUUGCAAUCGCCAGUCUCCAGAACGGCCAGAUCAAGAACAUGCAGAAAUACUCUGGCAUGUACCAUACUCUAACAACCAUGGAAGGGUUCCAUGAUGAAAAGCUCUGGCCCAAGGAUAUAAGUCCCAUUGAGGUAGAGGAAAGGCGGAGAUUGUUUUGGUCGAUCUACACACUCGAUAUUUACUCGACCAUUGUAUGGGGAGGCGUGAUACGAUACCGCGAGGCUCAUUCCCUCGUGCGGUAUCCCACCGAGGUCGACGACCAUUACAUCACCGCACAAGGCUAUACCAUGCAACCAGUAUCACCCGGAUCGAGCACCAUGAGCCAGAGCCCCGUAUCCGUCGUCUCAAGACAACCUUUGUGCUGGAUUCAAGGAUGGAAUUUCACAACCGACCUAUACCGCAUUUUGGAGCACGUGGUGGACGGCACAAGACGGAAGUUCUCCUCCGCCAACGGAACACAGGAGGUCUGGUCUCUUUUCAGCCCGGCUUCCAUGUCGGAGCCCGCAGUCAUGGAACGCGUUCUCUCUAUGUACUCUGCGCUGCCGUCGCAGUUUCGCGAAACUCCGCCUACGACGGGUGAUACGAUGAGGGAUCUGUUCGGUUUCCAGUCAGCCAAUAUCCAGGCAACACUGCAGCUGCUUCGGAUGGUGCUUUUGUCAGCGGAGGAGAUUGGAGUAGAUCGGAAAUGUGAUGUGGCCGGCGAGUUGCUCAGUGUCUUUUCUAAGGUGCCGGUGGAGUACUUGAAAGCUAUUAGCUCACCCUUGCUUCAUCAUCUCGGUGGAAUCGGGUAUAUACUCGGCUCGGUCAUGGAAGGUAGUCUAUCAGAUGCAUCCUACCUCCGGGUCCGCACAUUACUCCUCGAAAUGGCCGAUCUCCUCCACCGCCUCGAAUGCGGUCUCUACCGCGCAGCAGGCGCUAGCGAACGUCUCCGGUCCCAGGUCGACCGAAUCGACGGCUACAUGCGCACAUCACGCCUCCUCAACGUCUCGACAGCUCCGCCUCCUCCAAAUGGCAAUGCCAUGAACAUGAAUGUCAAACCGGAGCAUGUUCUGCAACCACCCACAUACGCCCAUAGUGCCCCAGGGCCAACAGUUGGUACCGCGGCGGGAAUGAAUGACCAGAUGCUGCAGUUCCAGUUGCCGCCGGAGCUGCUGAAUGAUUGGCCGUGGCCGCUUGAUAAUUCUCAUUCGGAGGGGUUCUUGCCUCUAGCUUUUGAAUAA